AAGUCGGGUGACUUCCUCGCCGUUCGACCGCGGAAGUCACCUGUCAGCUGCUGUGACCAUCCAUUGCGCCAGUCAACAACAACAACAACAACAUAAUGGAUUCAAGUUGAGAUUUUAGACCGUUUCUCUGGUGGCGCAUGGCAGCAGAGGAGGCUGCGGGUGUGCGCCGGGCUCCGGCCUGCCUGUGUGUCCUCUGCGGGCUGCCCGCCACGGGGAAGUCCACCCUGGCCCGCGCGGUCCUCUGCCCCGCUGCACAGCUCGGGUGGAGAGCCGCCGUGGUGCCGUACGACGAGCUGAUCCCCGGGCAGGCUUUUCAGACCAGAGCUGCGGAGGACGGGACACGACUGCAAGCGAUGCAAACUGAGUGGAAGUUACACAGACAGGCAGUGCUGCAGGGCAUCGAUCUGUUCCUGAAGACACCUGAUGUGUCUGCAGAGCAGCGGAGCAGCUGUCAGAUCGACGGUGCUGCGUGGGAACGAUGCAUUCACCUCCUGCUGCAGCAGCCUGGCGCUUCGGACCCCUCCCCGUCAGACCGGGCGCCACUCGUCUUUCUACUCGAUGACAACUUCUACUAUCCAAGCAUGAGAUAUGAAGUGUACCAACUUGCAAGAAAGUAUUCACUUGGGUUCUGCCAGGUGUAUCUCCACUGUGAUCUGGAGUCCUGUAUCAGCAGAAACCAGAGCAGGCCCGAGCCAGUUCCCACUGAGGUGAUACAGGAGAUGGUGAAGCGUUUGGAGCCCCCAGAUCCACAGAGGAACUCAUGGGAGGCACAAAGCAUUUCGCUCAACACCGCAGACGGUUCGUCCAAAUGUGACAUCCAGAGGGUGACGGAGUUGAUUUCCUCUGCUCUGAGGAACCCGCUGAGCCCGGUAGAGGACAACACUGAACAGAAGGAAGCCGACCGUCUGAAAUGUGCCACUAGUGUGGUUCACCAAGCCGACCAGGCCUGUCGACGUCUCGUCUCCGAAGCCAUGCGGACUGCCAGAGAAAACCAAGCGUCCUCUGAACACAUGAGGUCCAUGGCCGCUCAGCUGAAUGAAUCCAAAGCAGCAUUUCUUCGCCACCUGCGAGAGCAGCUGCUGCGGGAAACGUCUUUCGCUCAGGAGGACGUCGAUGUGGAACGUGUGGUGAAGAGAGCAGUGGAUGUGUUUGACCGUGAGAAAGAGGAAAUCUUGUUGAGAGUCUUAAAUGAUGCUAAGUGAAUGUGGAAUUAUGUAAUUAUGUAAAUUGAAAUAAAAAUGUACUUUUGCUGGUCA